GGACAGUCGUGGGAUAUUUGAAAAUAAGGAGGUGCAGGAGGUAAUUAGCGCAAGUUAAAUGGACUGACCCGAUGGGUCAGGCCCAUUUCAACGCCCAUGCAUAUGAUUGGGUGAGUGAGAGGAACCGCAUGUUAUGCGUCGUUUUGAGGAAAAGAAAUUUGAGAUGCGCAAUGGCGCAAAGAAGAAAGACCAACGAAGUUCAAAACCAUUAAUUAACCAAUUCUCAUUCGUUGGUUCAUUCAAUUCUCGAUCCCCCAUCUAAUUAGGGUUUCCAUGCUCUCCCAAACAAGAAGCGAUUAAGAUUAGAUUUUUCAGCAAUGAACAACACCAACCCAACCAAGAAUGCUGCAACGCCGUCGUUUUUCACCAACCCUGGAACACCCUCCAUCCCCAUGAACCACCUUCUCUCCCAAACGCAGCCUCAACCACAAGGUGCCACGUCACACUUCCACGGCCACUUUCAGCUUUCACAACCCCAAACCCACGUGCUCGCACCACAACAACAGCCACACCCUCAUCCUCAUCCUCAAGUGCACAACAAUGCAAACACCAACGCCCACGUGGCAGCACCCACACCUCCCAAGCGUGCAAGUCAGAAACCCCCUUCACGCCCUCAGGGCUCCUCCAACGCCAGCCAAUCCUCUGCGUUCAAGACCAUGGAACUUACCGUGGCGCCGCCCCGGAAAAAGAGAAGCUUUCCCUAUAAUAAGGUGGUUCCGGAAAAGGUGGCAAAGCUUGUGCCAGAAUCCGCAAUCUACGCCAAGUUGCUGGGACUCGAGACUCAAAUAGACUCUGCUUUGGCUAGGAAGAAAAUCGAUGUGCAGGAGAAUGUUAGGAACCCUCGCUGUGUUAGGAAAACGCUUAGAGUUUAUGUUUACAACACUUUUUCGAAUCAGGUGAAAGUGGAGCCUGGGAAGAAUGGUGUGGAGGAGCCUUCUUGGGCGCUUAGGAUAACCGGAAGGGUGUUGGAAGAUGGUAAGGAUUCUGUGGCGGAAGGGAUUUCGACGAAGGAAUAUCCAAAAUUCUCGGCUUUUUUCAAGAAGAUUACCAUAUACUUGGAUCAGGGUUUGUACCAGGAUAACCAUGUUGUUGUGUGGGAUAGUGCCCGUUCUGCGGCUGCACAGCAGCGCGAUGGUUUUGAAGUGAAGAGGAAAGGAGACAAGGAAUUCACUGCGGUGGUUAGGAUGGCGAUGAAUUAUUCGCCUGACAAGUUUGUGGUUUCUCCGCAACUGGCUAGAGUUUUAGGGGUUGAGUUUGACUCGCGAGCUAGGAUCAUAGCUGCUCUUUGGCACUAUGUGAAGGCUAAGAAACUGCAGAGCCCGAAUGACCCUUCGUUCUUCAUGUGUGACACUUCUCUCCAGAAGGUGUUUGGGGAAGACAAGAUGAAAUUCUCUGUGGCUUCGCAGAAGAUAUCGCAGCAUUUGUCACAGCCACGGCCUAUACACCUGGAGCAUAAAAUCAAGCUUUCUGGAAAUGGUCCAGCCGGAAGUACGUGUUAUGAUGUGCAGGUUGAUGUGCCUCUUCCCCUAGAGAAGGAUAUGUCUGCAUUCUUGGCAAGCACUGAGAGGCACAAAGAUAUUGAUGCUUUUGAUGAACUGAUCUGUGAUUCAAUAAAGAAGAUUCAUGAACAUCAUAGGAGACGGGCAUUUUUUCUCGGCUUUAGUCAGUCCCCAGCAGAGUUUAUUAAUGCCUUGAUCGCUUCUCAGAGCAAGGAUCUGAAGCUCGUUGCUGGAGAUGUUAGCCAGAAUACUGAAAAUGAACAAUGUGCUGAAUUCUACAAUCAACCGUGGGUUGAGGAUGCUGUUGUUCGCUACCUGACCCGAAAAAAUGCUCGAAGUGAUGCUCCUGGAAACAUCUGAGAGAUAAUUGUGAAAUAGUAAUUGUUUUUCACUUGGGUGGUGGAGGUGGUUAGUUUUCUGAUACCACUUUAAGGUCUUGUCCCAACAUUGCUAAAGUUUCUAUUCCAUCCUUCAUAUUUAUGUUUUGGAGUAGAGUACUGACAGUACGUUGACUCGAGAAUUUUCUGAUCGCCCCUGGCUCAUUUUUGGAGUCCCUCAACUGUUGUAUCUGUACCUAUUGUUUCUCAUCCACUCUUCUACUCACCCAUUCUAGUUUGGUAAAAUGAGCCAAGAACAACAAUAUAUGUAGAGCAUCAAGUCUUCACAAUGGUAUAUUUGAGAUGGAUUAGAUAUCUACCUUGUCCUUUUUCCCAGGCAUGUAGAAUGCAAGGAUUACACUAAUGUCUCCGCACUUCAGGAAGCUUCAUUUUACUGUAUUUACUUAAAUUAUAUAUUAUUAUUUAUUUGUUCUCCUCUGGGCAUCAAAGACUAUAAGGCAUAAGCUCUUCACGGCCUAUCUGAUAGUUUGAAUCUACAAGGUCCGUUCGUUCGGGAAUUGAGAUGAA